CUGAAUCCGCCGGAGACUGUGGGGCCCUACCUAGUCGAAGAAAGAAGAGGACGACUGGGGCCGAGCUGCUUGAACUCGUUGGGAAAGCGUAACUCAUCAUUUAUGUACUGGCGAAAGAAAUGCGAGAUGAAGCCCUGCGAGAAGAAGUUAAAAUGGUAGUCGGGUGCCGGCUGACGUUUAUUCUUAAGAAAUGGGAGAAAGGGUGGAACCUAGGAGGCUGCCCCAGUGGAGCCAGUACAGCCACCAGCACCAUCAUCACAACUACGAGAACGGUGGGACGGUGAGGCAGCCGAGGCAUUCCAUUAGCCAGGAAACCUGCGAUCACGUCUGCAAGGUGAUGUUACUGGGUGAUUCUGGAGUUGGAAAGACGUGCAUCCUAGUACGGUUCAGGGAUAAUCUUUUCCUUUCGGGCAACUUCAUAUCAACAGUAGGAAUAGACUUCAGGAACAAAGUUGUAGUAGUGGACGAUGCAAAAGUCAAGCUUCAAAUUUGGGAUACAGCGGGACAGGAACGGUUCAGAAGUGUGACACAUGCAUAUUACAGAGAUGCACAAGCUUUACUUCUCCUCUAUGAUGUUACUAGAAAGCAAAGUUUUGACAAUAUUAGAGCAUGGCUAGGAGAAAUAAGAGAAUACGCCCAAGAUGAUGUCGUAAUAAUGUUACUGGGAAAUAAAUCUGACUGUCAGAGCUCGGAGAGGAUGGUGAGAAAAGAGGAUGGGGAGAGACUCGCGAGCGAAUAUUCUGUCGCAUUUAUGGAAACGUCGGCGAAAACUGGACAGAACGUGGAACUCGCAUUUAUGGCUGUAGCUAGAGAGUUAAAGGCUCGUAAAAAUGGAUCUCAGAAUAAAUCAUCAUUCAAUGUAAAAGAAUAUGUGAACGAGCACACUAACAGGGCACCAUGUUUUAUCUGCGGCUGAACUCAUUAAGGAAGGGUCACAUCAUAAAUGCCUUAUCCGUACGUUCAGGAAAACCGAAAGUGCAUUUAAGUCAGAUUCUUCAAGCACAAAAAAAUAAUAAUAACAAGAUGUAAUAUAAUAUUGUUUUAUAAACUUGUCAAUAAAUAAUUUCAUAUUUCACUAUAAUAAUGAUUACUUUUGUACAUUAGCAACUGAAAUAAAUGGACCAUAUUUUUUUUAAGGCUUUCUGGUUUUAUAAAACAUGAAACUAAGUAAUUGCAAGAAGGGCAGGUACAAUUUAUACUUGGAAAUCAUUAAAUGAGUUUCACAGUAAAUGUUAAAACUAAUGCUUUAACAUUUUAUUAAGAUUAGACGUGAAAAAUGGCUGAUAAAAUAAAGACUGCCUAAGAAGUUCUUUAUCGCUGUUCCAUGAUAUUUGUUUUUGUUCUUUUUAUGUUUUUUCAUUAGCAUCUUGGUAAAACAAAAAAUAAUUAUUGAAAAAGAUGAGGAACAGUGUGUUAAUUAUAUAUAAUACAUUAAUAUUAUGGAUGUAUUAUCAAUGUUUACUAGAUUAUUGAAUUUAAAAAAAAUAGCAGUAGAUUAAAGUAAUAAUGUUGCAUAUCACUCACUCAAUGCUUAUUAAAUCUAUAAAAUGUAUUCAAUGUCAAUUUCCGAAUGAGCUUUUGCUGCGUGUACCAAGUGUUUGUCAAUGUUAUUUCAUCAUAUUUGUGUACUUUGGGUGUUUAAUUGUGAAAAAGAGUACCAAUCUUAUUAAAGUACUUUGAUAUGGCAGUUACAUAUUGAUUACAUUGUAAUUAUUCCAAAGAGAAUAAUAAUCAGGCAUUUUUAUAUAUAUAUUUUUGAAUGGUGUUAUCGAUACUUUUUUUGCCUUUUGACUGACACACUGGAUAAAUGAAAUUAUUUAAAAUAAUUUUUAGUAAAUUCGUACCAAAACAGUAAUAGACGUGAGUGGAAGGGAUUCAUAUAUAAAUGUCGUCGGUCUAUCGUUCUAAUAAAUUUAAUAAAUGUCAAAGUGGAAAUAUAAAAGUCGUUCUUGUAGUCGUUCAACUACUUAGAAAAAAAUGGUUGAAUUAAUUAUGAGCAUAAGUACAAACAUAUAUCUAAUUUCGCAACUUUUUUUAACGUUUAGUGGAUUUUGAAGUAUUAUUUGGAUUUUUUGAAGGUGUUUUCACUAAUUAAAGAACAGUAUUACUUUAUUUUUAUUUUUUAAAUUGUCUAGUUUUGAGAAAAUUUGACAAGCAAUUCAUCUAAAAUUUGAUACUAGUCGAAAUUAAACGGACAUAUUUAUUAUAAUUAGUAAUAUGUAUAUUUAAGCAAUAGUUCGUUUCACACUUUGUACCAAGAUUCACUGUUCUUUAAAGAAAAAUUUAACUACAUAUUUGCUCGUAUUUCUGUUCUUCCCAACCUCUUAGAUAAAAUGAGGGUUUUUACUGUAAACGAAAUAGUCGGAGUUGAAAUAAGACUUUGUAGAAUCUCAAAAUAUGAUAGUAGAAAAAAAAAAGGUCGAUUGUUUUUAAUUAUGUAAUAAAUGAUAAUACUGUUAUACAUUGCAUUUAUUUGACUGUUAAAGCAGCAUCAAAUAUGUUUUUAUUAUGUUAUAAAUCAUAGAAAAUAUUUUAAAUUGGUUAUUUGUUUGAAUGUAAAUAAACAGAGAUUUCUAAUGUUGAA